AGCAUGACGUCAUGUUUACACAGAAUGUAAACAGAAAACGGCACGUAAUCUGGGUGGCAGUUUGAAUCUGCUUGACUGGUUAUUUAUCGCCCCGAUUUGGUGUCUGACUUUGUUGUUAUCUAUCCGUCGUUGUCGAAGACUCAGCCGACUGAAGCUAACAGGAGCUUAGCCGCCAAAACGAUCGCGGAGACAAGAUGGAUGAUAACAAGACGAUCGCUGGAAAGGUGAAGAAGCCGGGGAAACGGGGCAGAAAACCGGCUAAGAUUGACCUGAAGGCCAAAUUGGAGAGAAGCAGACAGAGUGCCCGGGAAUGUCGAGCCAGGAAGAAGUUAAGAUACCAGUACCUGGAGGAACUGGUCUCCAGCAAAGAGAGAGCAAUCUGUGCUCUGCGAGAGGAGCUGGAGAUGUACAAACAGUGGUGCUCAGCCAUGGAUCAAGGCAAGAUCCCGUCCGAGAUAAAAGCCUUGCUGACUGGCGAUGACCACAAGGCGACUCCUGGGGGCAACAGCAACAAGACACCCAAAAACAGCAAGCACAGCAUCAGCAGCAGUGGCCAGAGCUGAGCACUGGUGCUUCAUAUUGGCUGCUGGCGUAUAUCUCUGACGCCACCUUAAUGUAGAGAAGCAAGCGUGAAGUUCCAGCUCUUUUUCAUUUUCUGUCAAACGUGGAGUCUUGCCUCUAAUAUCAAAAGCUACUGGAAGCCAGAUUUCUUCAGUAGGUUAAACCCUGGUAGAUCACCUGCUACGUCUAUCCAGAGUUGUGUUACAAGUAGAGAGCGUUGCUCUUAUUCACCCUUCAGGAUGAGAAAAGGUGGGACGUUGUCCAGUCCGGGAGCUGAUGUUGUGCCAUGUUGUGGCGUGACUUUCUGCCUCCAAACUUCAGUAAUGUGUCUGCUGAAUUACUGAGAAAAUAGACCAAAACAUCAGUCGAUGAUGAUUCCAACACAACAUUGCGACAAAUUGCAAUGCACGUAAAUGUUAAAUUAGCACUUGAGUCUGUUUCAUUGUUCAAACAGAAGAUCCAAAGGAUCAUGAAUAUUAAGGCAUUUCAAUGUUCGGGCUAAACGUGCAAUAUAUAUUUUUGUAUUUUCCAUUGGCCUUCAUCUAAAAUGCCAUGCAUUUCCAAAUUAAAUAUGUUAAGGCUGUUGUUUGUUGCACUCAAUUUAACUUUUUUUACGUCCUUGAGGUGGUAAAAGCCUUAAAAUGUGCACUUUCUUUGAAUUGGCUUGUUGGCUUAUGAAAUAAAACCGUUUAACUCUA